AGUUUUUGGGGGUUAGGGCUUCUCCAAUUAUCGCAGCUUUCAAUUGGGCGAUCUCUCCUAACCCUACACUACAUAAUAUUCCUCUGCCAUCAUCAUCUUCUUCAAACACAUUACCAAAAAAAAAAAAGGGAAAAAAAUUGCACCUUUUUUCUCUCUUGAUCAUUUUUCUCUCAGAAAAUGAGGAAGCGUCAAGUUGUGCUUAGAAGAGAAGAGCCCUCAAGAAACACAGCGGCUUCAUCCUUCACAGUGAGGAGUGUUAGAUACGGGGAGUGCCAGAAGAAUCAUGCCGCCGGGGUCGGAGGGUACGCCGUGGACGGGUGCCGAGAAUUCAUGGCGAGCGGUGAUGAAGGGACGAGCGGCGAGCUGACUUGCGCCGCCUGCGGUUGCCACCGGAACUUCCAUAGACGACAGGUCGGAACCGAGGUAGUUUGUGAUUGCUCUUCACCUCCCUCGAAUGGAACUUGAGAGUAUACACAAUACUGACUUCAGUGUAUUGUGAGGUUUUUUUUUUUUUUUUCCUUUUUGGGUGCUAAAUAAACACAAAUUUUCUCUUCAUGGGGUUGAGAGUUGAGAUUCAGCUCGUUGUGUUGCUUGAUUUUUUUUGUUUCACUUGAACUGAAAUUAUGUGUGUUAUGAACAUAUUGUAUUUGAGUCCUUGAUGAAAGGGAAAAAACUUGGAAUUAACGAGAGGAAAUGUUCUCUCUGAUAAUUUUUAAGUUCAUGUGAGGAUUGAAAAUAUCUCUUCUGAAUUAUCUAUAUGUAAUUUGAGUGUAUCAAUUUUUUG